UUGCAUAUCGUCAUGUGUUUAUUGACUUUGUUAUUGUCUUGUGGCAGACAGCUCAUUGACAGAAUAGUAUUUUGUGUUAAUUUGAUUCCAAAUCAAACAAAUUAAUUGCCAGUGACACUCGUUGUAUUUGUAUUCCCUCCUUGUUCUGGAUGUCAGGAUUUAUUUCUAGUCUUGUAUUCCCUCUGUGACAAUAUUGUUUAAAACUUCUAGUUUUUUGAAAUGUUUAUAAAAGGGAGUGGGAUUAAUUUUGGAUAGAUUGGUUGCAGCUGUGUAUCUUCCACAAAAAUUAAAAACUCUAGUCCUUAGUCUUUUGUGCACAACACUACCACUUUAUUUAAGUUCUGUGAUAAAUGUCUUAACAUGUCUCACUUAAAUCCAAACUUCCCAGAUUCCCUUGACGUUAGGUUAGGGAGUCGUUCAAGUGAUGAUAGCUUAAUUCUUGAUGAAAGUAAUGUCGGAGGAAUUUGGAAUGAUAGUGACAUAGAACCCCCAACCUUUCAAGUCAAUUUCAACUCUAGCAAUUUUGAUGGUCAUUCUAGUGAUGUAGAGUUCAGAGGGGAAUGGUUCAGAGAACCACGUAAUGGCCUUGCAUCUAAGCAGAUAAUUACUGAAGAAAACUUACCUUAUAGAACCAAUAGUUCUAUGCCUCUUCGACUAUCACUAACUGGGGAGGAGUCAGAAGUGCCUUUGCUCUCUACUGAGAGUUGGCUUCCAGCUGGGUUUGUUGAGGACAUAGACCAUUGUCAUCCACAUUCUGAUGAGUCCACCAACAAUUUGGCUUGGAGACGUCUGCUAUCCGCUACUGUCUUGUGCCUUUUCUUUAUGAUAGCAGAAAUUUUAGGAGGACAUUUUGCAGGAAGUGUUGCCAUUAUGACUGAUGCUGCUCAUUUGCUAUCAGAUUUAGUUGGCCUAUUAGUUAGUCUCUUAGCUAUUUGGCUGGGUCAGCGACCUUCAACAAAAAAUCUAACAUUUGGUUUUCAUAGAGCAGAAGUGCUUGGAGCACUCUUUAGCAUUUUUGUCAUAUGGAUUUUAACUGGUAUAUUUGUUUACAUUGCUAUUUUAAGGCUGGUUAAUGAUGUUAUUGACAUAAGACCGGAUCGCAUGAUGGCAGUGGCUGCUGGGGGUAUUGUUAUAAAUAUCAUCAUGGGGGUUGUUCUUCAUGGUGGCUGUCAGCAAAUUGGUGGCCAUCAUUCUCAUGGUUUUGGUCACCAGGGUCACUCCCAUGGUUUUACGAACAAUCAUGUUGGAAGUGAUCUUAAUCAGAUAUCACCAUGUUUGCACCGCACGAAUAUGAAUCACUCAGAAGAGCAGCUUGAGGUAAAUCAUAUUCACAGUAAACGCACAAAUAUUAAUGUUCGAGCAGCUGCUAUACAUGUUCUUGGAGAUCUCAUUCAGAGCAUUGGUGUUUUUAUUGCUGCUGUUGUCAUUAAAUUCAAUCCUGCUGCAAAAAUUGCAGAUCCCAUUUGUACAUUUUUGUUUGCUGUAGUUGUACUUGGAACAACAGUGCCUCUUCUAAAAGAUGCAGGCUUUAUUCUACUUGAAGGUUUUCCACAAACAAUUAGUUACAGUCAAGUACUAACAGUUCUGAAAGAUAUACCUGGUGUUCGACAUGUUCAUAGCCUGCAUGUGUGGUCUUUAACUGCAGGAAAACAUGCUUUGGCAGUUCACUUGGCUGUUGAUUCAUCCACCGACCGUGAUGUUAUUACUUCCAAAGCGAGGCAUAUUCUCCAGACUAAAUUUGGUAUUGCUUUCUCCACUAUUCAAACGGAGAGAUUUGAUCCUUGUACUAUGAACUCUUGUUUUCAAUGUAAACCUCCAAUAAGUUAAAUACUAUGCCAACUGUAAAACCUACUUCCACAACCAAUAACUGAGGUAAAAUUAUAGGUUGUACAAAUGGGUACAGUGACAUCAAAUUGACAUUUGAAAAAUUUUGGAGUGUUUUCUUUAUUUCUUAUGUGACAAACUGUUCUUAAUCUGUCAAUUACUUUUAUUUUUUAUAUAUAUUUUUCUUUUUGUCAGAACCUUGUUUACAUAUCACACUUGGCCAUGCUGCUCGGUCAAGGAGUCAAAGAUUAGAACCCUUUUGUAAUGGGGGAUUGUUCCUGUGAAUUGACCAAUAUUAAAAAUUUAACACGUUAUGGAUCUCUUUACAAACAAAUAAUUUCUGCAACCUCAUUUGUUAUUAAUUUUGUUAUCUGCUGUAUGAUUUAUUUCUGAAGUGAUUAAGUGGGGCUGGUGCAAGAAUUCCUCUUUACUGGAAUGCGUGAUUUGUGAUUUAUUUUCUAGUACUGGCUAAAGUUACCAUGACUUACAGAGCACAAGCAGGUGACUUCAUUUGUCUUCUGAAGACUCUUACUUUUAAAAGUAAAUUGUUUAUUAUUUUAAAGAAUAAUGGCUGUGCACAAUUUAGAUUUAGGCUUAUUUUUACUAGUGUAUUUUUGAAUUCACCUUCGUGUUUUGAUUUUGAAGCCAUGCUGUCAUUUUAAAGUAAUGAUAUUAAAUGACAUUCAGAUUUUAUGUUGUGAAAAUAUUUGGUGCGUUGUUGUAGUGUUUACUCAGACUUAAUAAAAGUCAAAUAUUUUAUCACUUA